AUGUUAUCGCGCGUGGCUCGUCAAAAAAAUGUUUUCCUUCAAUUCCGGAAGGCUCAGGCCCUCCGAGCGCCCGCCCAUCUGCCGACAACACGCUUUCAUACACUCUCGAGUAAACUUCCCCUUAUAAGUUCGUCAUGCAAAUCGAUUCACGAUCGUCCGCGUAACCCGGCUCCUCGGACAGAGCGCCAUCUUGCCACUGCUGCCGAUCACACCAACCUCGACGGGUCUUCGCCGGAACCUUACGAUCAUUUCAUGCACAUGCCUUUCGAGAACUUCGAUACCUCAUCCCUGAUUCUCCUUGAUCAGACACCACAAUCACAAUCAAAGAUUUUCCGCAAGAGACAAGGUAUCGGAGGUGAUGAACUGGAGAUGCGGGCCAACCUGGAUGUUUCAUUGAAGGUUGGCGAAUUCGAGCGAGCUGCUUCAUUGAUUAAUCGUCUUGGCCAUUAUCACCCGCCGGGAUCGCAAGAAUAUUUGACUUUGCAUAACCGCUACCUGCAAAAGAUGGUGGCUUACAUGAUUUUGAAUCGCCAGCAGGACAUGGUUCUGCCGUUGCAAAAAUGGUUCGAAAUUGAUAUGCCUGCCGGUGGAGUGACACCGGAUGCAAUCACUUUUGCGAUUAUGAUUCGAAUGGCGCUGCGCAUGCUCCAUGGUUCGAAGCGUGAGAGAACCGUGCGUCGAUACUGGGAACUUGCACAAGCUGCGGACUUACAAGAAGAGCUUGUCGGUAUUGAGGUGCUCGACGACUCUGACGUUGGUGAAUUGUCUAAGAUUUGCUCCUCCGACAUGCUGGACUUCGUCUCGAAAUACACGGACAUUUCCGAACCCGCCGAAACAUCCCCUGCUAUCGAUGAUACUCCCGAAGUGCAAGCGGCCGAUCAAAAUGGAUUGGGCUUGUCGUCCCUGAAAGAGUCUCUGUCCCUUUUCUCCGGGAAGAUUGAUGUGGCUUUGCCUGAUGAUUUCAAGGGCACUGAGGAGGAAAAGAAUAUCCUCAUUUCGGAAUUAAGACAAAAACGACUUGAAACCGACAGUCUUUCUUCGGCCCUCGAGCGUUGGCGCAUCGAUAAUGCCAAGCGACAAAAAGCUGGGUUAAAUGUCUCGUCUGAUGGCAAAAGACUCAGCGCCAUCAUGAGUCAAUGGCACACGGACCUUGUGGCAAGAAUCAAGAAGGAGUUGGAGCUCGUUGAAGAGGCACUUGCGAAUCCUGUUCUGACUGUGGAGCAAAGAGAUCGUUGUGAAUAUGGUGUGUUCCUGAAAGCUCUCGAUGCCGAUCGGUUAGCGGCACUCACCGUCCUCACUACAAUGUCCGCUUUCAGUCGCGAGGGUAUGGACAAGGGAAUUAAACUCUCCAAUAUCGCUUCCGCUGUUGGAAAGGAAGUGCAAGACGAAAUGAUUGCCGAUAACUACCUAAAACAGGCGAAGGCUAUUGAUCCGAAUCGUGUGAAGGCAUUGAAGCAGCUUCUCGCGAACCGCAAGGACAAAGAAGGGCGACUUCGAUGGAAAGCCCUCGUUGAAAAGAUGAAUGCACAUGACGAGUCCAUAGUCUGGGGAUCUCGUUCCCAGGUCAGAGUUGGCGCUGUUCUUAUGAGCAUGCUAUUCGAAGUCGGCAAGGCCCCCAUCUGGAGUGAGGACCCUACAACCAAAGCGAGAACCCUCACCAUGCAACCGGCCUUCCAACAUGCUUAUCAGAUUCACUUCGGUCGACGCUCUGGUCUCAUCCAUAUCCAUCCCAAAAUUGUGGAGGUCGUUUCCAAAGAACCACCCCCUGAGCUUUUGGCUCGCCAUCUCCCCAUGGUUUGCAAGCCUAAACCAUGGACAGGGCCUAGGAGUGGCGGUUAUACAAUCUAUGAAUCCCACCUAGUGCGUACUACUCCUGGUGAACUACUACAGCCAGCCUAUCUCAAAGCUGUCUUGCAAGAUGAUGGUAUCAAGGAGAUCAGAGGGGGACUUGAUGUUCUUGGCGGCACUGGCUGGAAGAUCAAUCAACAAGUCUUUGAAGUAAUGCUCGAAGCUUGGAAUGAGGGAGGCGCCGUGGGAAAGCUCGCACCUCUGGAACCAAACCUGGAGGUGCCAGAACAACCAAGUCAAGACGCUGACUAUGCAACCCAGAGAGCAUGGCACCAAAAGAUGCGUGAGAUUGAAAAUAUGCGCUCUGGUUUCCAUUCCGUUCGAUGCUUCCAGAACUUCCAAUUGGAGGUCGCUCGAGCUUUCCGCAAGGAGGUCUUUUAUCUGCCCCACAAUAUGGACUUCCGCGGGAGAGCGUAUCCCCUUCCUCCCUAUCUGAACCAGAUGGGAGCUGACAAUUCAAGAGGCUUGCUUCUGUUCGAUAAGGGGAAACCACUCGGAACAGCCGGUAUGCGCUGGUUGAAGAUUCAGAUUGCAAACUUGUUCGGAUUUGAUAAAGCGAGCAUGUCCGAACGAGAGCAAUUCACCAUGGACAAAUUGGACGAUGUCCUUGACUCUGCCAACAAGGGACUCCAUGGACGCCGGUGGUGGCUCCAGGCUGAGGACCCAUGGCAGCUCUUGGCAGCGUGUUGUGAACUUCGCAACGCCUUGCAGCUUUCCGAUCCCACCGAAUAUGUUUCUCAUCUCCCAAUUCACCAGGAUGGCUCGUGUAAUGGUCUUCAACAUUAUGCUGCCCUGGGUGGUGACAGAGCUGGUGCCCAGCAGGUCAAUUUGGAACCCUCUGAUCGCCCAUCUGACGUCUAUACCGGUGUUUGCCAAUUUGUCAAUGAAGCCAUUGCGCAGGACGCAGCUGAUGGUGAUCAGUUGGCCCAGCUUCUUAAUGGCCGAGUCACCAGAAAGAUUGUGAAGCAGACUGUCAUGACUAAUGUCUACGGUGUGACUUUCUUGGGAGCAAUGAGACAGGUCAAAAGACAGCUCGUUGACUAUCUCCCUGAUCUUGAUUCCAAUCAGAGGAACAAGGCAGCUUAUUACAUCGCCCGACAAAUCUUCGGAGCUCUCGGAUCCAUGUUCAAUGGAGCCCACGAAAUUCAGUAUUGGCUUGGGGAUUGCGCUCACCGCAUUACACAGUCUCUGACCCCGCAACAAAUCGAGGAACUGACCCAAAAGGCAAUGUCACCUAAAGAGAAUUCGGGCACACGAAACGGCACCGGCUCGUCGUCGUCCAACGAUCCCGAGAAAUCGUUUAGAUCAACUGUCAUUUGGACUACCCCACUGGGCCUUCCAGUUGUCCAGCCCUAUCGUACGCGCAGGGCGCGACGUGUUAGGACCAGCUUGCAAGACAUCACUUCAGGCCUUCCCCCGAACUUCAUUCACUCCCUCGAUGCUACGCACAUGAUCUUGUCUGCCAACGCAUGCCACGAAGCCGGGUUGACAUUCUCCGCUGUCCACGAUUCAUUCUGGACUCAUGCCGCCGACAUCGACCAGAUGAACCUGAUCCUUCGCGAUGCCUUCGUUCGCAUGCAUUCUGAUGAUGUUGUCGGGCGCCUUGGUGCUGAAUUCAAAGUACGAUAUGGAAAGAAUAUGUUCCUCGCCAGAGUCCCCCGCAGCACUGAGAUUGGCCGUCAAAUCCAUUUGCACCGUACCAAAAAUCGGGUCAGCAAACUGCAAGAGUUGAUCAACGAACACCGCCGACAAACUCUCCUCGCAUCGGAGGAUCCAGAAGAUCAGGCCGAAGGCCGUGCUAUGGUAACCGCCGGCAGCAUUUUCGAAUCAUUGGGUGGUAAAAAUGAGGACCUGACUCCUUAUAAGACAUUGGGUCAAACCCCAAUCGGCCAUGUUCCCGAAGAUGUUUCCACUCUGGAACGCUCCUCAUCCGGGGAUAACCUCGAUUCUAACGACCCGGCCAUUCAGAGCUUGGUGGGCGACCUGUCGAUGUUUGAAGGGAAGGCGCUCUCCGAGCGUGAACUACAAGCCCGCUUAGGCAACAACAUCGAGGACGAAGACUUCAAGCAGUCCGAUGUGCUCGAUGAGACCGAGGAUUUCGAGGAAUUGGAGCAAAACAACGAGCCCGAAAAGAAAAAGGCCAAGCGUCAAUUUACGACAUGGUUCUGGAUGCCUCUUCGCUUCCGCCCAGUCCCUAAAAAGGGCGACUGGGAUCUCACCCGAAUCCGCGAGAGUGAAUACUUCUUCUCGUGA